GUACUCGUCAACAGACUGCAGAGGAGCGAGACCGGAGGGUUCCUCCGGCUCAGGCAAACACGCGUGAUCUCCCAGGGAAGCUCGGAGCGGGGCAGGGAGCUGGCCCCUCCGCGACUCGCUCCCAUUCGCCUGGCCGAGUGUCUGGCUGGCGCCGAGCUCGCUGGACGACGCUGUCGGGGGCGGGACAGCCAGAGGGGCUGCCCUCCUGCAGUGACGUCCCACCGGGCGGAGGGGCGACCAACUGACUCCGCGCGCUCCCCCCUCCUCCCGUGCGGUCCUUGGGUCCUCGGGAGAUGCUGCUGCCGCGGUUGCAGUUGUCGCCCACGCCGCCGCCCGCCAGCCCGCUCCAACGCCGUAGCGCCCGGGUGUCGGAGGGCGCACCCGAGUCGGGCCAUGCGGCCGGGAACGGCGCUGCAGGCCUUGGUGCUGGCCUGGCUGCUGGUGGGGCUGCGGGCCGCCACUGGUCGCCUGCUGAGCGCCUCGGAUUUGGACCUCAGAGGAGGGCAGCAAGUCUGCCGGGGAGGGACAGAGAGGCUUUGCUAUAAGGUCAUUUACUUCCAUGAUACUUCCCAAAGACUGAACUUUGAGGAAGCCAAAGAAGCCUGCAGGAGGGAUGGAGGCCAGCUAGUCAGCAUCGAGUCUGAAGAUGAACAGAAACUGAUAGAAAAGUUCAUUGAAAACCUCAUGGCAUCUGAUGGUGACUUCUGGAUUGGGCUCAGGAGGCAUGAGGAGAAACAAAGCAAUAGCACAGCCUGCCAGGACCUUUAUGCUUGGACUGAUGGCAGCACAUCACAAUUUAGGAACUGGUAUGUGGAUGAGCCAUCCUGCGGCAGCGAGGUCUGCGUGGUCAUGUACCAUCAGCCAUCAGCACCCGCCGGCAUCGGAGGCCCCUACAUGUUCCAGUGGAAUGAUGACCGAUGCAACAUGAAGAACAAUUUCAUUUGCAAAUAUUCUGAUGAGAAACCAAUAGUUCCUUCUACAGAAGCUGAAGGUGAGGGAACAGAGCUGACAACACUUGUACUUCUAGGAGAAACACAGGAAGAAGAUGCCAAAAAAACAUUUAAAGAAAGUAGAGAAGCUGCCUGGAAUCUUGCCUAUAUCCUCAUUCCCGGCAUUCCCCUUCUCCUCGUCCUUGUGGUCACCACGGUUGUGUGUUGGGUUUGGAUCUGUAGAAGAAAACGAGAGCAGCCAGACCCUAACACAAAGAAGCAACACACCAUCUGGCCCUCUCCUCACCAAGAGAACAGCCCGGACCUAGAGGUCUACAAUGUCAUAAGAAAACAAAGCGAAGCUGACUUGGCUGAGACCCGGCCAGACUUGAAGAAUAUCUCAUUCCGAGUGUGUUCGGGAGAAGCUACUCCAGAUGCCGUGUCUUGUGACUAUGACAACAUGGCUGUGAACCCAUCAGAAAGUGGGUUUGUGACUCUGGUGAGCGUGGAGAGUGGAUUUGUGACCAAUGACAUUUAUGAGUUCUCCCCAGACCAAAUGGGAAGGAGCAAGGAGUCUGGAUGGGUGGAAAAUGAAAUAUAUGGUUAUUAGGACACAUAAAAAAACAAAACUGACAAGAAUGGAAAAGAAACAAUAAGCAAAACUUAUUUACUAUGAGGAAAAUAUGCAGAAAGUCUAUGCACAAGCUUGGAUCAGGUCCUGUGGUUGAGCAUGUGGCCCCCACGACCUCCUGUCGGACCCCCACGACCUCCUGUCGGACCCCCACGUUUUUGCUGUAUCCUUUAUCCCAGCCAGUCAUCCAGCUCGACCUCAUGAGAAGCUACCUUGCCCAGGUCUGACAUAUAGUAGAGUCUCAAUAAAUGUCACUUGAUUGGUUGCCUCUGACUCUUAAGGGACAGUGCUUUACCUGGCAGUGAUAAAGAUGGGCUGUGGAGCUUGGGAACCCACCUGUAAGUUCUGUUUUCCUUGCUCUAUGCAGGAGCACAUAUCAUCACACAGACAGAAAAUACAGAAUCUUUUCCAAGCCCACGUUUCAAAGCCCAGGCUGGCCUGCACAUCAGCAAUUCUCAUAUCUGUUUUUUUCAAGGAAUAAAAUCAAAUAAAGAGCAGGAAACAGA